AGGGGACGGGCAGGGUUUCAGAAGAGAGAGUCGCACCCGAUUGUUUCACAUUCGCUCUAGGCCGAACCGCGGGGACCUGCUUCCACCCGCGAGCGUUUUCUGCGGAACACGGGAGGCCGCCGCCGAGGAAGGGGCGGAGGCAGAGGCGGAGGCGGCACCCAGGGGCCGGGGCAGAGGAGGCCGGGACCAUCGCAGUGACAGUUUAUUUUCCUGCGGCGGCGGCGGCAUCAGGGACGGCUGCUGCAGGCUCGGGAUCGCCAGGCCUGCGCGUGGGUUUUCGAGGGAGCUCUCUGCGCUGGGCGCUGGGGAGCUACGGCAGCGAAGGGGAGGAGGAAGAGAGGAACGCACAGAAGCCAAACGAGUGAAGGUAGCAAAGGUCCAUCAGUCCGCAGAGAAGCGGAGGAGGGUCGGCAGAGUGAAGGGAGCAGGCGCCUGCUCGCUGGGUGCCCUAUCACCCUACUGCAGUGCCUUCUAGCAAAAGCCACCGCGGCCCGGGCUGCAGCGGCCAGACGGAUGCCAAGGCCACACGGCAGGCGCGGGGACAGCCGCUGCAGUCGCCAUCCCACGCGGGCUCCGGACAUCAGGGGCUGCUGAUCUUGUUUCAGUUGGCAGUCUUAUGUUUGUGGGAUGGAUGCUAAAUUGAACUUCAAAAAGGACUCAUUCCCAUUGAAAGGCUUGGAGGGAGAAGUGGGAGCAUCGUGGUCCCAAGGGUGUCCUCAGCAGAGAGAUUAUUUCCUGGAGAGGAGACUGUUUUGGGGAUUAGCUUCUGAGAAGGACUGAUAAAAAAUAAAGAAUUGUUAGUAAUAGUUACCUCUGUUUACUUUCGGCACAAAGGUCUUAACACAGUUCGAUCACAUUCCUCCUUUAAGGACUCUUCCCAAGACUACUUACAGCUACAAUCCAGAGAGCGAGGUUGCCUUUUAUAGAGAAGCAAAACCUGGUAAUUCUUGCUCAGGAUCGGAGGGGUAGAAGAAAUAGUAGAUGCUGCCCAGAAAAUGCCAUGUGCCUUCAGGGAGGAUACAUUUACCAAUUAGACACACUUAUAAACCACUGGGUUUGUGAUUCUGUCUAAUCCUAGCAUUUUUUUCUCUCCCCUGUGAAAGCUUUAGGAGUAGCUUCAAUUGAAACUACGAGAAAUGACUCAUGGUCAUCCUUGAAAAUGUGAGAGUCAGUUCUCUACCCCUGAGGGCUAAUGGAUCUCAGCUGCCCAUUAAAUAUUUGUUAAAUGAAUACCAAUUCUAGAAUCUUCCCAACCUUACUACAUCACCUCUUCUAGUAUUGAUUAUUUUUAGCCAUAACUUUAUAUGAAUCAUCAAACAUCAAACAUUAAAUUGGAGCCAAUUGAUAUAGUCAACUAAGACCAACUUCCUCAACUGAAGGAACAAUAACGAUCCCGCUAAAACAAAACAAAACCAAACAAAGAAAAAACCACUGUAUUGGUACUUACUGACUUGCUUAUUUCAGCUAUCUGAACAUGUGAAUUGUCCAGUUGGAUGUGUUGAGUGUACAUUCAGAAAUCCUGAGUUGACAUCGUAAUGUUCAACUCAGGAACGAUCUAGAUGUAGCUACAUCUGGAUAUGCCUUUUGUCAGAAAUUAGUUGCAUUUCUAAGCAAAUUAGACGAACUUCUAGUACAAUCCUUCAUCUCCUCAUGUUGAGUAGAAAAGCCAGUUAAACUUUUGGCAAAUUGCUAAGUCUUCAAAGUUCAUAUUUGAUUUUCUUUCUAAAUUUUAAAUUAAAUCCAUGUUAUGUUUGUCCAUUGAUGUGGUUGGCUUACAGACAUUAAUUCAGACCACUGGCUACUUAGUAACUUCUAUUUAUUAAAAGCAGCCCCUUGAUAUAAACACCAGUAAUUCGUAUGUUUUGAUUAGCUCUAGCUAGCCUUUCAAAAUAAAUGAGUGCAUUGUAUGAUCUUGAAUAUGAAGAGUGUUAUGCCUUCCGUUUUUUUUUUUUUUUAAAUAGUUCUGACUUAACGUCCCCAGUCAUUGGAGGUUUACCCUGUGAUUAUGAUUCAUGAUCUAAUUUCAGGAUGAAUGAUUAGAAAGCUGACUGAAAUUUGUCUGGAUAUUAACAUUAUGGUGCAUAUAAUAAUGCAGAUUUUUCUCUGAUAUUCUUCCCUUUUUGUCCUCCAAUCAAGCUUGUUUCAUCCUGAAUAAAAAUCAAAUGAGAUCCUUAAACAUUUCAAAAGGUUUUCCUGUUGGGCGGUGUCCAAAAUAAAUAAAAUUUAAAAAUUGCUUAUUACUGUUGUGAAGUAACACAAACACUACUGCUAUUCUCUGCAUAAUGAAACAUGGCCAUUCUUAUCAAGUAUUCAUUUGAUAAGUAGGCACCCGAGCCCUUGAACUAGAGUUAAAGGCAUGUUCCUUCCAUGUCUCAUUAAGUCCCUUGAAAGCAAGGGGGUGGAAUUUUGAUUUAGAUCAAGUAGCCAAUUCAAGGUAGGUUCCUUGAAAGGAGUAUGUAAUGAAAGCAUCUUUUCGGAAGAGCACUUUGGCAGUUGGAUGGGGAGUGAGUGGGUUAACAGAAGGAGAGAGUGGAGGUGAAAUGUGAUGUCAGAUAAUGACAGCCUGACAUAAGAUCCCAGAGACACUGAGAUGAAGAAGGGAAAACUUCAGACAGCCAGACAUCAGGAUUCUUUGUUUUAUGUGGAAGAGGAAUCGUAAACCUGGGGCAUAGUGUGAUCACACACGUAUUCCACAUCCACGGAACACCUCACCAGUUGAUCACAGCAUUCUUUCCUGCCGAGCCCUGGUGUAACCUCAGAAUCUUGCAAACGUUUGACAAAUACUUAUUAAUAAAUACUAGUUAUUAAACAUGUGCUAUAUGCCAGGCACUGUACUCAGCCUUUACAUUUGUUAUCUCAAGGGUGAUGGAGUGGUUGGGAACAUGAAUUCUUUUUGCCAUUUACGAGUUGUGGGUCCUUGAUUAAGUUACUAACUUCUCUGAGCUUCAGUUUCUUCAUCUUUCAAUUGGGAUAUUAGUUUCUGUCUCAUAAGGUUUGGGGAAGGAUUAAAUGAAUAAAUAGGUAUAAAUGAAAAGUACUGAGAAGUGUCUGGCACAAGGUUAACUGCUACAUGUAUUAGUUGUUACCAUUGUUAUUAAUUCAUAAAACAACCUUAUGGAAUAGGUGCCAUUUUGCAGAUUAAAAAAUUGAGGCACAAAAAGGCCAGGUAAUUCACUCGGGGCCAUAGGCUGGGAUAGAGUGAUAGAGCUGGGCAUCAAACCCAGACAAUCCGACUCCGGUGUUUGCUUGCCUAACUUGUGUGUAUCCCUGAUCACAUACCAGGUGCUGGGGACACUGACUGGGGAGAGAAAAGUGGGGGCUUGUCCUAAUGAGAUCCAGGGCUCCAGUCAUUUCCACUGCAGAGAUUGUCAUCUCCUAUAUAGAUAGAAUUAGUACCCAGAUUAUUGUACAAAACGUUUGCUGUUUUUCCUUGAUGCUUGGGUAUUUUGUAAAUGUGUUUCAUUAAAUACUUUAAGAAGGGGUCCAAUUUGUGUUUUCACAUAUGCUUUAAAAGUAGGUUAUUUUUUGUUUUUGCCUAACAGUUGACAUAUGCAAUACAUAUUAUAUUCAUUUGUAAUAUCUUUCCUUGUACCUAGUGAUCCUUCGCUGGAGGCAGCAGGAUAUGUCUCCCUAAUAUAAUGUAUAAUAUAUACAUUAUAUGUUUUAUAUAUAUUGUGUGAUGUAAUAUUAUUUAGCUAUAUAAUAUAUAUUAGAUGCAUUUUAUACAGUGUAUGUCGUGUAUACAUAAUAUAAUGUAUACAUUAUAUAUAAGGUAUGUAUUAUAAAAUAUAUACAUUAUACUACAUAUUAUAUGUAAUAUAAUAUAUACUGUAUAACACAUAUUAGGGAGACAUUUACGUUAGAUGUAAAGAAUCACUGGAGAAGAGAGAUGUUACGAAUAAUUAUGUGUACAUUAUAUUAUUGGAAAGGUAUCAGUAUUCUGAAAAACUUCUAUGCCAUCCACCUUUGUCCACACUCUCAGAGUCUUAUAUAUCUCCCAUUCAGAAGCCAUGGUGAAGUUAUGAUGACAUUUCAUAACCAUUUUUAUUCAGAAUAUUUUAUAGAGUAAAAGCAGAGUAAAUUUUAGCUGUUCUUUGACUUGACAUAAUUACGUGUAAUUAUAAAAGGCCAGGCGCUUUUAUUAUUGGACCUGCCAUUAACAUAUUAUACUUCGACUAUACCUCAAUUAAAAAAAAAAAAAAAAAAAGAGGCCAGAUUUUAAUUAUAGGUGGGAAGACUGCUGUAGCAACAAAGAAUCAAAAAUUCUGCAUUCCUCCAGAACUUCUUUAGCAAGGAGUAUAUCAUCACUGAUUUCAAUAUUUUAACAUUACAUUAGUCCUUAUAAUUCUUUAUUCUCAUAAAUAAAUUUCAGAAAUCUGUAACUAGUAUUAUUUUUUUCUAAGGAGGCAAAAAAUUUUCUUGGUCUUGUGUAAAGUUCACAGAUACUAUUCAGUUGAGGAAAAUUUUUUAAAUCUCAUUUUUAAAAAUACAGUCUGCAUUGUUUGAUUUUACCCUUUUGUGCAAAUUUCAUAAUUAUUUAACUAAAGUCCAGUUUCUUUUAAAGGAACUAUUUUAAAAUUUUGUGAGUUUAAACUUGAUUAAGUUUGAGUUUUGGUGAAUUUGGUCUUUUGUUUUUAAACUUUUGCUAUACUUAGGUUUCAGUGCUUUCACCGUAAAUGAACCAAAGAUUCAGCCCAGCCUCAUACAAGAGAUAGCUGUUCAGGGACUCAUCACAAAUUAUUCAUUUUGAUUGCUUGACUUGAUUUGACCCUGGUUUAUUGGAAACAGGAGGCCAGUGAUGACUCAUUUUUAACCCUUCCAGUCCCCAGUUAACGCUGCCUGCCUGUUUUGCCUUUGCAGGUACUCGGGGAAACUCCACUGUGGGUCUUUUUUGGGAGUGUUACUUCAAACUUGAGUGGCUAGGACAGUAAUCAACUGUGCACCUUUUCAUUAAAGGCAUAAAGAAAACUGCAGUCAGUGAUGGUGAUCAAGUUUAAAUUCAGCUCAUCUAAGGACCCUAUAAUUUUAUUUAACCUGUUGCUGGAGCCCUGUCUUUUAACACCGGAAGUAUGCAUUUCAACCACUGAGAAGAAAUAUGGAGAGGCCUUUAUGCCUGUGGGUUCAUGCUUCAAUCUUCUGAUAGAUUGACUUCAGUUCCUUUUCCAAUCUGUUUUGUCCUUGAGAGGUUGGUUUAUAAACUGUUCCACAGGAUAAAUUUUCUUUAACAAGAGGAACAAUUGGAAGUGGUAGAUGGAAUGAGAUUAGAAAAGAGAAGCCUGGAAUAAAUCCUUCAUAUGUUCCUGUUUUUGUAAAAAUGGGGCAGAGAAACUCCUUACUGAAUCAAUAUAGUACUUUAAGGAAAAAAGAAAAGAUGAAAAUCACUUACAAUCAUUGGUGGGUGUGGAACUUUUUUUGUCCAAGUAUUGAAAAGUUCAAGAAAUUCAAAUGUGGCUUUUGAAAGAAAUGUAAAUGACCAUCACACUCUUAUGGCAUCAAGGUUCUUUGUCUUUUGUCAAGUGUAAUAUUAUUGAAAGACUUAGAAAGGUAACUAGGGCAGUGCAUCUCAAACUAGUCUCAAAAAACCAGAAUCACUUCCGUGACACCCCCGUAGGUUAUUAUUCAGUAAGUUUGGGCGGGGCCUGGGAGCCUUCUUUUAACAGCCUUUUCAGAGGAUUCUGAUGCAGGUGGUCAAUAAACCAUACUUAGAGAAAAACGUAUUUAGGAGCUAAAUCUAAUUUUAUAUGCAAAUUUGUGCUUCUGUUUUUAAGCUUGAUGCAUUUAUUCCUCUGAUUUUCAUAUACAUUUUUAUGGAAUAACAUAGCCAUCAAGGCUGCCUUGGAGUUUUUAUAAUGGCACCCAACACUGUGUUUAAUUUUCUUAUUAAUACCUGUUUUCAGGUGGAAGAAAUCAGAAAACCACAGAGUUGGCAGGAAAGAAUGUUGCACCUCCUUCUGAAUGACAGAUGUUGGGAUAGGGCAGAGAGGGUUUGAUCAAAAAGAAAAGUAGGGCAAGACUUCUAUAUUGGGAAGCAGUGGAAAGCAAAGUCUAAUAGUGCACAGCACUGAGGGCCAGCAAGGGUGUUUAGACCUCUUCGGGUAGACACUAGGUUAUCAGUUGCUUUUUUGAGCAGGGGACUAACCUGAUGCAAACAAACCUUACUCUUGUGCUAGGGACACAUGGUACGUGGUCCAGAAGAGAGGAUUAAGGAAAGGCAGAAGGGAGCAGGGUGAGCACUUGGGGCUUUGAAUUUGGCAGGACUGACUGAAGGGUUCAUGCAGCAGUGUUCUCCCGUGCUGUUUUCCUGAAGGUCUAUAGCCAAUAAACUGCUCUCCAGCAGCUGCAUGUUAUGGUGUGACACCAAGGCUGCCCAGUCAUCAGGCCAGAUAGCCUCUCUGGGUUUAGAAAGCCCUUGAAUAACUGUUUCAACUACCACUACCUUCAUAACGUUGUGAGGCAAGGGUCUCACGUUAGACAAGGGAAACAGACUCAGGGAGUAAUUGAUCAAAAUCCACACAUCUAGAAACUGGCAGGGCUAGGCUUCAAAUCUGGAGCUACCUACUGAGAAUUUAUAGGCUUUAAAAACAGUAUAAUUUGUCAUAAUGAAGUGAUACAUACUUGUAACAAAUUGUACCGAAAUGAAUAAGUUAAAUAUGAAAUCCUUCAUGAUUUCAUCCUUGAGAGAACAGCUGAGAAAAAUCUAGUGCAUGUUGUUCAGAUACCUUUCUUGCAAAUGCCAACAUACAUUAAAUACAUAUGUGGGAGUCAUACGUUAUAUGCUUUUUACAACUUGCUUUUUUUUUCACUUAAUGCUGUAACGCGGACAACUUCCUGGUUCAGCACGUAUAGAUGAAAACCUGAACUCUAACCCAGUGGGGAGAAGAAAGGCUGCUUUUGGCCAAUUAGAAAUGAGACUGCAGCGUGUGGCAUGAGGUGUUCUGGCCUCUCUCAUCUGCCGCCCCUGCUUAUCCAGUUCCCUACAGCACUCAGCCUGAAAGGAGUACCAGUGAGAAAACGACACAUUUGGGCGGUGGUCUCACUGGCUGUCCUGUGUGCCCGGUCUCUCAGGAGACUCUUUCCUGCCUGAUGAAGUGAUUGAGAAGAAACAAUAAACACCAUCAUUUUGUAGACAGGACAACAUGGAUCAGCCGUUAACGGUGAAUUCCCUGAAAAAGUUAGCUGCCAUGCCGGACCACAGGGAUGUUUCCCUCAGCCCAGAAGAGCGAGUCCGCGCCCUAAGCAAGCUGGGUUGUAAUAUCACCAUCAAUGAAGAUAUCACUCCGCGCCGCUACUUUAGAUCCGGAGUAGAAAUGGAGAGAAUGGCGUCCGUGUAUUUGGAAGAAGGAAAUUUGGAAAAUGCUUUUGUUCUUUAUAAUAAAUUUAUAACUUUGUUUGUAGAAAAGCUUCCUAACCAUCGAGAUUACCAGCAAUGUGCAGUACCCGAAAAGCAGGAUAUUAUGAAGAAACUGAAGGAGAUUGCAUUCCCAAGGACAGAUGAAUUGAAAAAGGACCUUUUAAAGAAAUAUAACAUAGAAUACCAAGAAUAUUUGCAAAGCGAAAACAAAUAUAAAGCUGAAAUUCUCAAAAAACUGGAGCAUCAGAGAUUGAUAGAGGCAGAAAGGAAGCGGAUCGCUCAGAUGCGCCAGCAGCAGCUAGAAUCGGAGCAGUUCUUGUUUUUCGAAGAUCAGCUCAAGAAGCAAGAAUUAGCCCGGAGUCAGAUGCGAAGCCAGGAAACUCCAGCGCAGUCAGAGCAGAUUGAUGGGAGUGCUUUGUCCUGCUUUUCCACACACCAGAACAAUUCCUUGCUGAAUGUAUUUGCAGAUCAGCCUAAUAAAAGUGAUGCAACCAAUUACGCUGGCCACUCGCCUCCCGUAAACAGGGCCUUAAAGCCAGCUGCAACUCUAAGUGCUGUUCAGAAUUUAGUGGUUGAAGGACUGAGAUACGUCGUUUUAUCAAGAGAUCUUUGCCACAGAUUUCUGCUCCUGGCAGAAUCUAAUACAGUGAGAGGAAUAGAAACCUGUGGAAUACUCUGUGGGAAACUGACGCAUAAUGAAUUUACUAUUACCCACUUAAUCGUGCCAAAACAGUCUGCAGGACCAGACUAUUGUGACGUGGAGAAUGUAGAAGAAUUAUUCGGUGUUCAGGAUCAACACAAUCUCCUCACUCUGGGGUGGAUCCAUACACAUCCAACCCAAACUGCGUUCUUAUCCAGUGUUGACCUCCACACUCACUGUUCUUAUCAGCUCAUGUUGCCAGAGGCCAUUGCCAUUGUCUGUUCACCGAAGCAUAAAGACACCGGCAUCUUCAGGCUCACCAGUGCGGGCAUGCUUGAGGUUUCCGCUUGUAAAAAGAAGGGCUUUCAUCCACACACCAAGGACCCCAGGCUGUUCAGUAUAUGCAAACAUGUGUUGGUAAAAGACAUAAAAAUAAUCGUACUGGAUCUGAGGUGAUAUGUUCCGAAGAUUAGCACCGUCCACGCCAGACACUUACCCAUGGACCUGUGGUUGCUGGAUUUUCUUAAGAUGUUUCCGGAAAUGACUGACAUUUUAUAUUUAUACAUUUUAGAUCAGAAAGUUUGAUAUUUAUUACUUUUGCACAUUUUGAAGCUUUCUUUUUGGGUUGCUUUGUCUCAAGAGAGGUUACAAUGGAGUUAAAUCAAUACCUAUUAAUGUGCCCAAAUACUAUGACCAGAUAAUAAAUUGUGCCGCAAACAACAA